AUGCCUGAAAAAGUAUUGGAAAACGCCCAUUUGUUGAAUAUCAAAGCUAUUCAACCUCCAAAAAAUAACAGAAAAAGACCUGGUGAACCUUACAUCAAAAAUUUAGAUGAGUACAAGAAAUUGUAUCAACAAUCUAUCGAAGAUCCAGCUACUUUCUUUGGUGAUUUGGCUAAAGAACAUUUAGAUUGGUUCAGACCUUUUGACAAGGCUAGAUGGCCAAACGAGCCACAAGGUUUCAAAGAUAAUGAUGUUCCUUCUUGGUUUGUUAAUGGUCAAUUGAAUGCUUCUUAUAAUGCUGUUGAUAGACAUGCUUUUAAAAACCCUGAUAAAGUUGCAAUCAUCUAUGAAGCUGAUGAGCCAAAUGAAGGUAGACAAAUCACUUAUGGUGAAUUAUUAAAAGAAGUUUCAAGAGUUGCAGGUAUUUUAGAUGGUUUAGGUGUCAAAAAAGGUGAUACUGUUGCAGUUUAUUUACCAAUGAUUCCUGAAGCUAUUGUCACUUUAUUAGCAAUCACUCGUAUCGGUGCUUUACAUUCAGUUGUCUUUGCAGGUUUUAGUUCAGCUUCUUUAAGAGAUCGUAUCAAUGAUGCUAAUUCUGAGAUUGUUAUCACUGCAGAUGAAUCUAAAAGAGGUUCUAAAACUAUUGAAACUAAAAAAAUUGUUGAUGAAGCUUUAAAAUCAUGUCCUCAAGUUAGAAACGUUCUUGUUUUCAAAAGAACUGGUAACCAUAUCCCAUUUGACAACAAAAGAGAUAUCUGGUGGCAUGAAGAAAUCAAGAAAUAUGGUCCAUAUUUCCCUCCUGUCCCUGUUAAUUCUGAAGACCCAUUGUUUUUGUUGUACACUUCUGGUUCGACUGGUUCACCAAAAGGUAUCCAACAUUCAACUGCAGGUUACUUAUUUAGUGCUUUAAUCACAUUGAAGUACAACUUUGAUGUGCAUCCAGAAGAUAUCUUCUUUACUGCUGGUGAUAUUGGUUGGAUUACUGGUCAUACUUAUGUUGUUUAUGGUCCAUUAUUAAACGGUGCCACUACUGUUGUCUUUGAAGGUACUCCUGCUUAUCCAUCUUAUUCUCGUUAUUGGGAAAUCAUUCAAAAAUACAAAAUUACUCAAUUUUACGUUGCACCAACUGCUUUAAGAUUAUUGAAAAGAGCUGGUGAUUCUUAUAUUGAAGGUUAUGAUUUAUCAUCUUUAAGAACUUUAGGUUCUGUUGGUGAACCUAUUGCAGCAGAAGUUUGGGAAUGGUACUACGAAAAGAUUGGUAAAAGUGAAAUCCCAAUCUUGGAUACUUGGUGGAUGACUGAAUCUGGUUCUCAAUUAAUUUCUGGAAUUACGGGUGUUACUCCACUAAAACCAGGUUCUGCAUCAUUACCAUUCUUUGGUAUCGAACCUUUGAUUUUAGAUCCAACUUCUGGUGAAGAAUUAAAAGGUCCUAAUGUGGAAGGUAUCUUGGCUAUUAAAUCUCCAUGGCCUUCAAUUGCAAGAACUAUUUGGAAAAACUAUGAUAGAUUCUUGGAUACUUAUUUGAAGCCUUAUCCAGGUUAUUUCUUCUCUGGUGAUGGUGCUGCAAGAGAUGGUGAUGGAUUCUUCUGGAUUUUGGGUCGUGUUGAUGAUGUUGUUAAUGUUUCAGGUCAUAGAUUAUCAACUGCUGAAAUUGAAGCUGCAUUAAUUGAAAAUCCAUUAGUUGCCGAAUCAGCUGUUGUUGGUUAUGCUGAUGAAUUAACUGGACAAGCUGUUGCAGCAUUUGUUGCACUAAAAGAACAAGCUAAAGGUGAAAAUGAAUCUGAAAUUUCAAAAGAAUUAAUUUUGACUGUUCGUAAAGAAAUUGGUCCAUUUGCUGCACCAAAAUUAAUCAUUCUAGUUGAUGAUUUACCAAAAACAAGAUCUGGUAAAUUGAUGAGAAGAAUCUUGAGAAAGAUUUUGGCUGGUGAAGAGGAUCAACUAGGUGAUGUUAGUACUUUAUCGAACCCACAAGUUGUUGAAUCCUUGAUUAAAGCUGUCAAGAGUAGAGCUAAAUAA